AUGGACCAUGCUGCCGAUCUGGUAGAGGCCGUGCACCAGCUUAAAGUUGACCGAGACACCUGGGAAGCUGUCGCACUCCAGUACAAGGCCGCUUUCGAGGCGCAGACGGCUCGUCUGCGAGAACUCCAAGACAUCUGUUUCGCCACACAAGCGGAGCUGGAGAAUGAGCGUGUUCAAUAUCGUCGCCUACAUCUGAGUCUUGAUGGAGUACCUCACGAUCGCCCGCCUACGGCGAACAGCACCGACGACGUCGCCGAUAGCCAAACGUUCGGCACCGCAAUCGUCCUUUCGCCAAGCCGCAUCGACAUGAGCUGGAGACUCAGACCUUCAGAGGACUGCGGCAACCCCAUUUUCAAGCGUGUACAGCAAUUUGCUUCACAGCAGAACUACGGCACGGCUCUGAUCGAGAUUGAGAGACUGUUGCGCGGCCCACUGAGCCCCAAAGCUCGGGCCGAAGGACUGCUACUGAAGAGCAGCAUCCUACAGGCGACUGGCCCCGACUCGCUCUACGACGCCCUCGCAGCCUGCAGUGAAGCACUCGAGCUGUGCGACCGUGUGCCGGAAUUGCAGCCUUUGCUGCCGAGGAUACAGUAUCAGAGAGGCAUCUACUACUACCAACUCCGGAUGCUUCACCAAGCGCGAGACGCAUUCAGGGCGGUCAGCGAGGACAAUCUGCUUUUCGAGAGAGCCAACGAGUAUCGUCAGUCCUGCGAUGACGAACUGGAACUGCUCCAUUUCCCGAAUCGCCGUUCCGCGUUUGACGAGAACCGCUCAAUGACCGACAGCUUCCUUGCGCAAUUGAACGUUGGCUCAUCACAUGGGAGGCUUCGGCGCACAAGUGCUCAACUGAAGUUCCGUGCCACUCAGAAGGCGAAGCGAAUGCCGCUCCCGCAUCGGUGGGUAUCUUCGAAGACUGACUUAUCGUCAAAGACUGACGAGGUCUGA